AUGGUGUGCCUUCUCCACUGCGUCCUGCUUGGAUAUUUCACGUGGAACCUCCGUAUAUCGGACGCACAGGGGGAGUACUGUCACGGCUGGUUGGACACUAAUGGGAAUUAUCAUGAUGGCUUCCAGUGCCCGGAGGACUUCGAUACCACUGACGCCACGGUGUGUUGCGGGACGUGCUCCCUGCGCUACUGCUGCGCGGCUCCGGACGCGCGCCUGGACCAGGGCGUCUGCACCAACGACAGAGAAACGGACAACACCGAGUUUGCAGCGCAGCCGGUGUACGUGCCCUUCUUGAUGGUGGGCAGUAUCUUCAUUGCCUUCGUCAUCGUGGGUUCUCUGGUGGCUGUUUACUGCUGCACAUGUCUCAGGCCCAAGCAACCCACGCAGCAGCCCAUCCGCUUCUCUCUGCGCAGCUGUCAGGGCGAGACCAUUCCCAUGAUCCUGACCAGCGGACCCCCCAGUCUGCGCGCGCCGUCUCGCCAGUCCAGCACGGCCACCACCAGCUCCAGCUCGGCCGGCGGGGGCAGCUCCAUGCGCCGCUUCUCUCUGGGGGGUCAGGGCUCGCAGCAACAGCAUGGAUGUCUGGUGUCUGCCACAGUUUCCUCAUCAGCUUCAACGCCAACACAGACGCCUCCCCUGCCGCCUCCCCUGCCGCCCCCCUACACCACCCCCCCAGGCCCCCCAGGCCCCCCCCACACUCACCCGCCGCUGCAGCUGCACCAGCACCCGUCCGGCUUCCUCCUUCCGCAGCAGUACUUCUUUCCUCUGCAGCCUGAUUCCUUCAGCGUCUCCAAAGGCUUUGCAGACUUUGGCCAGAGCUGA